AUUUGACCCCGCAACACCUGCGUCAAGUAUCCAUCACGAUUGGAGAUUGAUCUGCCGGUAUCUGCUCACCUGGAUCGAUCCAAUCGCGACCUGUGGCCUGGAGCUAGAAUGCGUCUUUUCACGUCCGUAGCGCUGCUCGGGGCCUUGCUGGGUGGCGUGCAGGCAACGCAGAUCCCUUUCCUCCCCAAGGAAAUCGCGCCGUCGCCAGUUUCCGACGAUGCCACCUUCACGACACUGCAACACCCAGCCUUGCCUGCGCACACUUUGCGCAUCACAGAAGUUGACCCGGAUCUGUGUGAACGUAAGGCUCGCUCGUUCAGCGGCUACAUGGACGUCGAUGUAGAUCGUUUGCGCGAGCAUUACGAACGCCAUGACCUAUAUUCCACUUCCAUCUCCGAAACACAUUUAGACCUCGACUUCGAUGCGAAGCAUGUCCCAGGCACUAUCGAGCACUUCUACUUUUGGGCUUUCGAUUCGCGCAACGAUCCGAACAAUGACCCGCACGUUCUCUGGCUGAACGGUGGGCCUGGAUGCUCGAGCUUCACCGGCUUGCUGAUGGAGUUGGGCCCUUGCAAUGCUGCCGACUUUACCAAGAAAAACUACAGCGGCACAGAGUGGAACCCAUUCAGCUUCAACUCGAAUGCCACGAUGAUCUUCCUUGACCAGCCAACUGGUGUGGGUUUUAGCUACGUGUCAUGGGCUGAUCCCAAGCGCAAAGGCUCGCCGCCUGGCAGAGUCUACUCCACACCUGCUGCUGCUCGCGACGCAUCUGCGUUCCUGCAGCUCCUGAAUCUGCACGCACCCGACAUUUUCCCCUCGGAUUCCAAUGCUGACAUCUUCAAGAAAAGCGAAAGGCGCAUCAAGGAGUUCCACAUUGCUGGCGAGUCCUAUGCUGGCAGGUAUAUCCCCUUGAUUGCCGCCCAAUUGCUGCGCGACAACGAGGAGGCCGCCCGGCAUCCUGAGCGUGGUCUGGAGCCUGUCCCUCUCCGCUCUCUCUUGAUUGGCAACGGAAUCACCUCCCCCAAAGCCCAAUACCCAGCUUACGUCACGUGGUCAUGCACGAACGUUUCUGGUGCAGGACCAUUCUUGGACAAGAAAACGUGCGAUGACAUGUAUGACCAACUCCCUGCCUGUUCGCGUUUGACGGAAAAGUGUGCUAAUAGCGACCCCAGUGGUACCGGACCGUACGACAACCUCGCAUGCACCACCGCCGCUACUUUUUGCGAAGAGGCGCUGUCAAGCAAGUGGGACUUAACCAACACGAGUAUAUACGACUACGAGCACAAGUCAAACUACGACGAGGAAGGAUGGGUCGCGCACUUGCUCAAUCUCAAGUCCACCAAGGAAGCCCUUGGAGUUGACAAGAGGGGCCCUGGCGACGCGCAUGACGGCGUGUUCAUCGGAUGCAGCGACGCAGUCGGCGAACGUUUCGCUACCACCGGCGACGGCGCGCGAGACUCGACGUGGGCCGUCAAAGAAGUCCUGAAUCAAGGAAUCCGUGUCUUGGCGUACUCGGGAGGAAGGGACUUCAUUUGCAACUGGGUAGGCAACGAGGAAUGGACGAGCAACUUGGACUGGGUCGGUGGCGAGGAAUUCAGGAAGCGUGAGCUCGAACCUUGGCAUGAAGUUGCACCUGCUGGCUCCAUGGCCAGUAAAGGAAGGCUGGCAGGCCAUUUCCGCAACUACGCGAACUUGACUUUCGCAAUCGUUGAUGCGAGCGGUCACUUUGUCCCGCAUGAUCAACCAGUAGCGGCGCUCACGAUGGUCAACCGCUGGCUGCACAGCCCCGCAAACGGCCGCCUCAGUGAAGCAUAGAUACAGAGCAAAUAGACGUGCAUUUUCCGGAUGGAAUAACGAGACCAAGCGAGAGGAUCCCUGAUCCCUCAUUUGUAUAGUAAGACGCUGCUGUCUUUAUCAACCAUACAAGUAGCGUUGAGCAAAGUCCGCC